CGGGGCCGGGCGGGGCGGGAGCGGGCCGGGCUGGAGCCGCAGCGCCAAGGGCUCCUGGCGGGCGGAGGCUCGGCCAUGGGCGAUUUCCAGAUCUCGGUGGAGGAGCUGAACGAGCUCCUGUCUAACGGGAGCGGCUGCUACAGCCUGCCCAGCGCGCACAGCAACGAGGUGGUGCCGCGCAUCCACGUGGGGAACGCGUUCAUAGCCAAGAACAUAAUGAGGCUGCAGCGUCUGGGGAUAACCCAUGUUCUGAAUGCAGCAGAGGGGAAAUCAUUCAUGCAUGUGAACACUAAUGCAGAGUUCUAUGAAGGCUCAGGCAUCAGAUACCAUGGCAUUAAAGCUAAUGAUACACAGGAAUUUAACCUCAGUCGCUACUUUGAGGAAGCAGCUGAUUUUAUUGACAAAGCCCUUUCCCAGAAGGAUGGCCAGGUGCUGGUGCACUGCCGGGAGGGCUACAGCCGCUCGCCCACGCUGGUCAUCGCCUACCUGAUGCUGCGGCGCGGCAUGGACGUGCGCGGCGCGCUCUGCGCCGUGCGCCAGCAGCGCGAGAUCGGCCCCAACGACGGCUUCCUCCGGCAGCUGUGCCAGCUCAACGAGCGCCUGCUGAAGGAGGGCAAGGUCAAAGCCUAGAGCGCGGCGCCGCCGUGGGUUUGUUUGCACUGGGGCAGAGCUUUAGAGGAUGGGUUAGGCGCUUUAGAGACGCAGAUUGCAAGCACCGGGCUGGAAUUCCUGCUUGUCUAGUGGAAGCGUCCGUCUGGAACUCUGCGAUGCUUCGAGAUGGGACAGAACUGUGUCGCUGUUUGGAGCUGUUGCCAUGAAGGGAUGUUUUAGAAGGAUGACUCCAGCUGUCUCCACACGCAUUUCAGAGCCCCUGCAGACUCCAUAGCAUACGUGGUUUGCGUUGACAUUGAAUGUGAUUUGUUUAAGCUUUGUCUUUAGUCUCACCACGUUAGCAGUGUGCAGGAACACAUAAUCACAGAAUGAUUGUAUGUAGGUGCUUUCAUUGAAGAGCUUUGGGUGUCAGGGGUCCAGACCCAAAUCUGACUCCGGCAUGGGUUCAGGAUGAACACGUUUUUCUACCCUUAUUGUUAUAUAACUGCCUAUUCAUUAUUAAACUUAUAUUGUUCUAUUGCAUACAUUGAUUUCAUCCGAGCAUGGAUUUUUGUAGUUUGACGAGCCCUUGGGGACACUGCACUGGGACUGUCCCAGUGCCACUUCCAGUGUCCCCAGUGCCACUCCCAAUGUCCCCAGUGUCCCCAGUUCCCUGUUCCCAGUGCAAACUGGAGCUGGUGGAGGGGGACACUGGACUGGGACUGUCCCAAUGUCCCCAGUGCCACUGCCAGUGUCCCCACUGUCCCCAGUGCCACUCCCAAUCCAGAAAUCCAAUACAUUGAUUUCAUCCAAGCAUGGAUUUUUGUAAUUUCCAUCAAACCCCCCCAAACAUAAUUUCUUAUGAUUCUUGUUACGAUUAAACAAUAAUUAUAUCCAAUUACCAAACAAUCAUCACAUUUAACAAUCAUAUCAUUUAUCAUAUAACAAUCAUAUAAUUUACCAAAGUCAUUUAAUGAUUAUACAGGUGCAGUUUUGCAUGAUCCAAUAAAGCCUAACACUUUCCCAGGGCCUUCCAGGCCCAACCUUUCUUUCCAACUCCCCUGAAUAUCCCCUGAUUUUAGAAACAUUUUAUCCCUAUACUAUACCAGAGCACCAGCUCCCAAAAGCCCAAACACAUCCCUUCACUCACUCUUAAUAGGAGCACUGUAAUUUCUAAAGCUUCUUUUUCAUGCACACAGGUGCCUAAAGUUUGAAUGUAGGAGCUUCAAGGAAUGGGAAGCAUAUGUACAAAUGCACAGAUGCAUUCACUUGGAAAAUAAAGUGCAUGCAGUGUUUUGUGUGGAUUUAUGCAAUACACAGUGUGAGAGUAAAGCCAUGUUGAGCCCAUGCUUGAUGCACACUGUGUUUCCAAGAAUAGUUUUUUAUCUCUUCUGUUACAGUGGACAUUAAAUAGUCUGUUAUUAAAUGCUCUUUUAUUUUUAUUUUGAAAUAAUACCGGGAAAAAAUGUCAAGAGCAAAUGCUGAGGGAAGAGCUCGAACAAGGAAGAAAUAAUAUUAGUAUUUAGAAGUGCUUGUGGUGGAUGUAUAAUUUAAGUAUCCUAAUAUAAUGCCUUUCAAAGCUUGUAUGGAAUUACAGUGUCUUUAUCUCUUCUUUACUGUCACUGUUCAGUAACAGAAUGGAAUGACCACACAUGCAGAUUCCUUCCAGCUUACAAAGCAGUUUGCAGAAGAACACUCUUGGCUUCUUGGAUUACUUGCAUGGUAUCAUGAAAUAAAAAUGAGCAUUGUAAUGUAACACACUGUAUAGGAAAUAUUUACAUUCUAUUCAAAUAAAUGAUGACUUGUUUC